AAAAAAGCGGAGAAAACCGCACAGACCAAAUAGCAGCGCGAGGCAGGCAGGAGCGGCGGCGCUGAGCGGUCGAGGAAGGCGUGCAAGCGCCUUAUCGAUCAACUGGAGCAGCAUGAUGCAGCCCGAACACACAGAGAAUAUCACAGAGGAGAAGCCGCUGUUAUCGGACGACGCUGUGGGCAUCACAAUCAAUGACGACCACAAUGGCAAGCUUGUGCUGAAGGUUAAAACCCUCAGCGAAAAGCCACUACGUGUGGAGAUCUUCCCCUCGGCCACCGUGGGGGAGCUCAAGGAGCUCGUGAAGAAGAAGGCCAACGCCGAGGGCAAGUUCCUGCGUCUGAUCCACCAAGGCAAGAUGCUUUCAGACGACAAGGCUACACUUGAGAGCUGCAAGGUCAAGAGCGAGGACUUUGUCCACUGCGCUAUCAGCUCAGCACCUCCCAAAGCCGUCGUUAACCAGAUGGCAGCUACGGAUAGCGAACCAGAGGAGCGAGAUGAUCCGUCCACUAGGAGAGGCUUCGACAGACUCCGUGAUCGACUCAGUCGGGAGGAGAUCCAGGCGCUGCGUCUGUAUUUCUACCCGCAGCUCUCGGUUUUUAUCAGUCAGGCGGAACGCGUCCCUGGCGAGAGCAGUGAGGACCGGAUAUAUCGCCUGGAAGAGGAGUGGAUGGCGUCACAAGGACCGCAGUCCGAGUUCGCGCUCAAUGUUGUACCCACGGCUCGUAUUGCAAUGGAUGCGCAGAUUGACAUGAACGGCAUGAACAACUCCAUUCUGGCAGCUGAUAACGAAGGCACUGGCACUGAAUUUCUGUGGGGGUUCUUAAUGGGUCUCCUGCUUGGUGUAUUUAUGCUUCUGAUGCUACUCGAUCGAUCCGUUCCUCGCAAACAAAAGGUCGGCCUGUUGCUCGGCGUGAGCAUGAACUUCUUCUUGAGUGUUGUGCCGCGUGCUGUCUCCGACCAAUAGAGCGCCGCCGCUGAAGCAGAAUUAUGCACGAGUGAGCGCGCUGCUGUCAUACAUUAUUAUAUAAUUCCGUCUAUCAGUCUUGUGUGUCAUGUUUCCACCCUCCAGUCCAUACUAGGACGUGUUAAAGUUUUUCUUACGAUCAUAGAAAUGUGUAUCACACACCAAACGU